AUGGCAGACUGGAAAGGAGACUGGGGUUUCGACCCCGAGGUUGCUGAUACCGUGGAGAACGACAUGCCUCCUUAUCUGAUACACUAUGAGCGAAGCACUGUAUGGCCGAUCUCAUCCGUACGAGGGUCGUCAGACACACCCACCAGCGCGUACGAACUUCUCAAGUUAGAACUGGAGUACUCCAUCCAAGGGUGUCUCGCUAAAGACGGCUGUCUGCCUUCAGACCAGCAACUCCAUCAUGAAGCCUGCUCGAUAAUACUCGGCGCAGAUGUGAUAUCUACUCAACCUGCCUCAUCGACACCAUCCUGGUUGCGAGACGUCUUUCUGUGCUCUGAAACGGCAAAAGAAGCUCGCCUGAUGCCACUCCAGCAGAUUGCCAAGUCACGCCUAACCCAGCUAAAGAUUACUGGGAAAUGGAGCAUAUUCGAUCAAUGCCGCCUGGAGUUGGAGUUACGCCGUAUCAUCUUGACGCAUAACAACCAACCGGCUGUCAUGUCUGACGACCAGCUUCAGGAGGAAGCCGCAAGCAUCCUCCAACGCGCCGAGGCUUGUUCCCCCAAACCGUCGAAAUACUGCGCUGAAUUCAUGUUUCGAGUUGUGCGAGGGUCGAAGCUGUGGAUUGAACCGUUCCGCGAAAGGGUCAGACAGCUUUCCAGCAACAGUGUUGAGACCGAUGCUAUCAAUACAAGCCUCGAUGCAACUGCGUACGUUACUUCGUUUCCGGAGGAAACAGUUGGCACCUAUAUUCACGAGGGAGCGGCCGCGAUGGCGGCGGAGGCAGCAGGUCCGUCGCUCACAAAGCAGGAUAUAUCGCAAGCAACUACUGGAACUUCAACAUCCACGCCGACCAGCAUCCCCUCUUCCAAUGUGGACGCAAAGGACAUCAAUAUGGACCGAUGGCCAGCCUUCACGAUUGUGAACACAAGCGGUAAUACCGAGAUACGUCAAGAUAUUCACGUGCCAUUCCUUCUCAACGACCACAACAGCUAUACACGCCUCGCCGCCGGCCUCUCUCGGUUUGUCGGGGCAACCAUGUCACCCAACAAUCCGAAUAGACACGUGCCUACUGACGAUGAGCUUCGGUAUCAGGCGAGGUGGAUGUGGUUUAACGAAGACGACCCUUGGAACCAAACGCCUGCAGAUAAUGCUGAGUGGUUGCUUAGAUUCAAACAAGGCGUUGGUAUCAUUGUGGACAACCCAGAAGGAACGGUCUCAUGA